UCGAAUAUAUGAUUCUGGCUACAAUUAUCGCUAAUUGUAUUGUUCUGGCCCUGGAGCAACAUUUACCAGAUGGAGACAAGACGCCCAUGUCUGAGAGGCUGGAUGAUACUGAACCGUAUUUCAUUGGAAUAUUUUGCUUUGAAGCGGGCAUAAAAAUCAUGGCGCUGGGGUUUGUUUUCCACAAAGGCUCUUAUCUUCGAAACGGCUGGAACGUGAUGGAUUUUGUUGUCGUCCUUACUGGGAUUUUAGCCACCGCUGGGACCCAGUUUGACUUACGGACUCUGAGAGCUGUCCGAGUGUUGCGGCCGCUGAAGCUGGUCUCGGGAAUUCCAAGCUUGCAGGUGGUCCUCAAGUCCAUCAUGAAGGCCAUGGUGCCCCUCCUCCAGAUCGGCCUCCUCCUCUUCUUUGCCAUUGUGAUGUUUGCCAUCAUUGGGCUCGAAUUCUACAUGGGGAAGUUUCACAAAGCCUGCUUCUCCAAUGAAACAGGAGAGAGGGUGGGGGAUUUCCCUUGCGGAGAAGAGAAACCGGCGAGGGUCUGCGAAGAAGGAACCUGCAAGAAAUACUGGGAGGGACCCAACUUUGGCAUCACCAACUUCGACAACAUCCUCUUUGCCGUCCUCACCGUCUUCCAGUGCAUCACCAUGGAAGGGUGGACCGACAUCCUCUACAACACCAACGAUGCCGCAGGAAAUAUGUGGAACUGGCUUUACUUCAUCCCUCUCAUCAUUAUUGGUUCUUUCUUCAUGCUGAACCUGGUGCUUGGUGUCUUGUCAGGAGAGUUUGCCAAAGAACGUGAACGAGUUGAAAACCGGCGGGCCUUCUUAAAACUCCGGAGGCAGCAGCAGAUUGAAAGGGAGCUCAACGGCUACUUAGAGUGGAUCUUUAAGGCAGAGGAAGUGAUGUUAGCAGAAGAGGACAAGAACGCCGAGGAGAAGUCCCCCCUGGACGUCCUGAAGAGGGCCACCAUAAAGAAGAGCAAAAACGACCUCAUCCACGCGGAAGAAGGGGAGGACCAUUUCACCGACGUCUGCUCUGUGGGUUCUCCUUUUGCCCGUGCGAGUCUGAAGAGCGGCAAGAACGACAGCUCCACCUACUUCCGCAGGAAAGAGAAGAUGUUCCGUUUCUUCAUCCGACGUAUGGUGAAAGCGCAGAGCUUCUACUGGAUGGUCCUCUGCGUAGUGGCUCUCAACACCAUGUGCGUCGCCAUCGUCCACUACGACCAGCCCGAAGGGCUCACCACGGCCCUGUAUUUUGCGGAGUUCGUUUUCCUAGGCCUGUUCCUCACUGAGAUGUCCCUGAAGAUGUACGGCCUGGGGCCGAGGAAUUACUUCCACUCCUCCUUCAAUUGCUUUGACUUUGGGGUGAUUGUGGGAAGUAUCUUCGAAGUCAUCUGGGCUGCCGUGAAGCCUGGCACCUCCUUUGGCAUCAGUGUGUUGAGGGCCCUCCGGCUGCUGAGGAUUUUCAAAGUCACCAAGUACUGGAACUCUUUGAGGAACUUGGUGGUCUCUUUGCUGAACUCCAUGAAGUCCAUCAUCAGCUUGUUGUUCCUUCUCUUCCUCUUCAUCGUCGUGUUUGCUUUGUUGGGGAUGCAGCUCUUUGGAGGACAGUUCCAUUUCAACAACGAGACGCCAACCACCAACUUUGACACUUUCCCCACUGCCAUCCUCACCGUGUUUCAGAUCCUGACAGGAGAAGACUGGAACGCCGUGAUGUACCAAGGCAUUCAGUCCCAGGGAGGGGUCCAUUCUGGGAUGUUCUCCUCGGCCUAUUUCAUCGUCCUGACAUUGUUUGGGAACUAUACGCUCCUGAAUGUCUUCUUGGCCAUCGCUGUGGACAACCUGGCCAACGCACAAGAACUGACCAAGGACGAAGAGGAGAUGGAGGAGGCCACCAACCAGAAGCUGGCCCUGCAGAAGGCCAAGGAGGUGGCGGAUGUCAGCCCCCUGUCGGCCGCUAACAUUUCCAUUGCCGCUUUUGUAAAGCAAACUCGAAGUACUGUUUCUCGCAGCUCGUCGGUCUCCAGCGUAAAUUCACCCAAGCAACAGAACUCUUCCAAAUCUAAAUCGGUGUGGGAGCAGAGGACCAGCCAGAUUCGGAUUAAAAACCGGGCCAGCUGUGAAGCGCUCUACAAUGAGUUGGAUCCGGAAGAGCGCGUGCGCUAUGCCACCAACCUGCACAUCCGUCCGGACAUGAAGACUCAUUUGGACCGCCCCCUGGUGGUUGAACCAAGGAGCGAUGGACGCAACAACCACGUCAGUAAGCUAAGCCCCGUUGAUGUGCAGGAGGCACCAGAACAGGGGAAGGCUCCUGCACCCGAGGGUGCCGAGGGAGCCCGGAGACACCACCGACAUCGAGAGAAAGACAAGGGAGGAGAGCACGAAAAGAUCAGCCCGCCCAAGGAGGAGAAUGGGGAAUCGGGCCCGAACCAUAAAGAGGAAUGCCACCGUCCCCACCGGAGCCGCAGCAAAGAGGGCGAGGGCGGCGGAAGGGAAGGGAGAGGGGAGCACAACCGAGGUCAAGAGGGAGGUCGCCGGCAUCACCGCCGUGGCUCCAUGGAGGAGGGCGCCGAGAGGGAACACCGGCGCCACCGUGGCCAUCGCCACUCAGCCGAGCGGCAAGGCAGGGAAGGCAACGGGACGGUCAACGGAGCCAAGACGGAGCGUCGUUCGCGGCACCGAGGAGGCUCCCGGCCGGGGAACCGGGAAGGAGAGCCGGGCUCCAAGGGAGAAGGCGGCGAAGAACCCCACCGUCGGCACCGGAUGAGGCAGAAGGCUCUCUCGACCUACGAGUCUGUCGAGAAAGAGAACGGGGAGAAGGAGGGCGAGCUGGGGGACAAGGAGCUGAGGAAUCACCAGCCGAGGGCAGGCCCAGGGGAGACAGAGCCUGGCGGGAGUGUGCCUGUCGCACCUCUGCACACCUUGCCCAGCACUUGCCUACAGAGGGUGCCUGAACAGCCAGAGGAUGCUGACAACCAGAGGAACGUCACUCGCAUGGGGCAGCCGCCUCUGGACAAAACGGCCACGGUGAACAUUCCCGUCACCGUCACGGCUCCUCCAGGGGACACGGCGGUCAUCCCAAUAAACAACGUUGAUUUUGAAACUAAGACAGAAGAGAAGAAAGACAUGGAUGCCGAUAACGACUUGACAGAAAAUGGACCCAAACCAAUCCUGCCUUACAGCUCUAUGUUCAUCUUAAGCCCGACCAACCCAAUCCGGCGGUUGUGCCAUUACAUCGUGAACAUGCGUCACUUUGAGAUGGUCAUCCUCUUUGUCAUUGUGCUCAGCAGUAUUGCGCUGGCUACGGAAGACCCUGUUCAAGCGGAGUCCCCGAGGAAUGAGGCUCUCAAGUACUUGGAUUAUAUAUUUACAGGUGUCUUCACGUUUGAGAUGGUCAUAAAGAUGAUUGAUCUUGGCUUGCUGCUUCACCCGGGGUCCUAUUUCCGAGAUCUCUGGAACAUCCUGGAUUUUAUUGUGGUCAGUGGAGCUCUAGUAGCAUUCGCCUUUUCGAGUUUCAUGGGAGGAAACAAAGGUAAAGAUAUCAACACCAUCAAGUCCUUGAGGGUGCUGAGGGUCCUUCGGCCUCUGAAGACCAUUAAGCGUCUGCCCAAACUGAAGGCAGUCUUUGACUGUGUGGUGAAUUCUCUGAAGAACGUCCUCAACAUCCUGAUCGUUUACAUGCUCUUCAUGUUCAUCUUUGCUGUGAUCGCCGUGCAGCUUUUCAAAGGGCGGUUCUUCUACUGCACCGAUGAGUCCAAGGAUCUGGAGAAAGACUGCAGAGGCCAGUACCUGUCGUACGAGAACGACGAAGUGGAAGCUCAGCCCCGGCAAUGGAAGAAGUACGAGUUCCACUACGACAACGUCCUCUGGGCCUUGUUGACGCUCUUCACCGUCUCCACGGGAGAGGGCUGGCCCACUGUUUUGAAGCACUCGGUCGACGCGACCGACGAGAACCAAGGCCCCAGCCCCGGGUACCGGAUGGAGAUGUCCAUCUUCUACGUGGUCUAUUUUGUGGUCUUCCCCUUCUUCUUUGUGAACAUCUUUGUCGCCUUGAUCAUCAUCACCUUUCAGGAGCAGGGGGACAAAGUGAUGUCGGAAUGUAGCCUGGAGAAAAACGAGAGAGCCUGCAUCGAUUUCGCCAUCAGUGCCAAGCCUCUGACCCGCUACAUGCCUCAGAACAAGCAGUCCUUCCAGUACAAGAUGUGGAAGUUUGUGGUGUCGCCACCUUUUGAGUACUUCAUCAUGGUUAUGAUUGCCCUCAACACCAUUGUGCUCAUGAUGAAGUUCUACGAUGCCCCAGAACCCUACGAAAACAUGCUGAAAUGCCUCAACAUCGUGUUCACGUCCAUGUUCUCCUUGGAGUGUGUGCUGAAGAUCAUUGCCUUCGGUGCGCUGAAUUAUUUUCGUGAUGCCUGGAACAUAUUUGAUUUUGUCACAGUCUUGGGAAGUAUUACUGAUAUUUUAGUAACAGAGAUUGCGGACACGGACAACUUCAUCAACCUCAGCUUCCUCCGACUCUUCCGGGCCGCAAGACUCAUCAAGCUGCUCCGCCAGGGCUACACCAUCCGCAUCCUGCUCUGGACCUUCGUCCAGUCGUUUAAGGCCUUGCCGUAUGUGUGUCUCCUGAUCGCCAUGCUGUUCUUCAUCUAUGCGAUUAUUGGCAUGCAGGUCUUUGGGAACAUUGCCCUGAACGAUGACACCGCCAUCAAUCGACACAAUAAUUUCCAGACCUUUUUGCAAGCCUUGAUGCUGCUGUUCCGGAGCGCCACUGGAGAAGCCUGGCACGAGAUCAUGCUGGCGUGCCUCAGCCACCAAGCCUGCGACGAGCUGUCCAACCUCAGCAAGAAUGAGUGUGGCAGCGACUUUGCCUAUUUCUACUUCGUCUCCUUCAUCUUUCUGUGCUCCUUCCUGAUGUUGAACCUCUUUGUUGCUGUAAUCAUGGACAACUUUGAAUACCUGACACGAGAUUCUUCCAUCCUAGGACCCCAUCACCUCGAUGAGUUUGUCCGUGUUUGGGCAGAAUACGACCCAGCCGCCUGCGGCCGCAUCAGUUACACAGACAUGUAUGAGAUGCUGAGGCACAUGUCUCCUCCCCUUGGACUGGGAAAGAAAUGCCCAGCUCGGGUGGCGUACAAGCGCUUGGUAAGGAUGAACAUGCCGAUUUCCAAUGAUGACUUAAGCGUUCACUUUACCUCAACGCUGAUGGCUUUGAUCCGAACCGCUCUGGAUAUCAAACUGGCUUCAGGGGCCCUGCAGCAGCAGUGCGAUGCUGAGCUGAGGAAGGAGAUCUCCCUGGUCUGGCCGAACCUCUCCCCAAAGACCUUGGACCUGCUGGUUCCACCUCAUAAAUCGGAAGCAAUGACUGUGGGGAAAGUCUAUGCGGCCCUCAUGAUAUUUGACUUCUACAAACAAAACAAGAACACCCGGGAUCCUUCUCAUCCGGCGCCAGGAGGCCUUGGCCAGACGGGAACCGUGUCUCUCUUCCACCCGCUAAAAGCGGCGCUUGAGCAGAGCCAGCCUGCCUUUCCGAAUGCUUUCCUGCGUCAAAAGAGCUCGGCCUCGUUAAACAACGGCGGUGCCUUGCCGACACCAGAAGUAAGACGGAUCAAGGAGUCUGUUUCCUGGGGGACUCAGAGGACGCAAGAUGUCUUCUACGAAACGAGGACACCCGCUUUUGAGCGAGGCCGCUCCGAAGAAAUUCCUGUGGCGCAGGCAAGCAAACAGGUGGUAGAAAUGCGGGAGAUGAGCCCGACCCUGGCCAACGGGGAGCACCAGCCUGGCCUGGAGAGCCAAGGCCGAGCUGCUUCCAUGCCACGCCUGGCCGCUGAAACUCAGCCCAUCCCGGACACAAGCCCCAUGAAGCGCUCCAUCUCCACCUUGAACCCGCAGCGUCCCCAUACCGCGCACCUCUAUGAACAUUCCCGGCCAGCUGAGCACACCCACCACCACCACCAUCACCGCUGCCAUCGGCGGAAAGAGAGGAAGCAGAAAUCUAUGGACAAGCCGCCCAGCCAUUUAGCUGAAAGCGGCGCUCCCGCAGGCGAGGCCGCCUCGAAGAGCAAGAAGCAGGAGCGAGGCCGGUCCCAAGAGCGCAAGCUCCACUCCUCGUCUUCCUCGGAAAAGCAACGUUUCUAUUCCUGCGAUCGGUUCGGGAGCCGGGAGCCGUCCCAGGCCAAGCCGUCCGAACGCAGCCAGCCCACCUCCCCGAAUGGAGAGCAGGACCACGGGGCACAGAAACAGGGCAGUGGUUCAGUUAACGGGAGCCCCUUGCUGAUGACCUCUGGUGCUAGCACCCCCUGCCGUGGCCGGAGGCAGCUGCCGCAGACGCCGCUGACCCCGCGCCCCAGCGUCACCUACAAGACCGCCAACUCCUCGCCGGUCCACUUCCCGGGGCUCCAGACCAGCCUGCCGACCUUCUCCCCGGGACGCCUGAGCCGGGGCCUCUCAGAGCACAACGCGUUGCUGCACGGCGAGGCCCAGGGUGUCCCCUCGCAACCCCUGGUGUCGCGGAUCGGUUCGGACCCUUACUUGGGUCACCGGGAAGACGGCGACAGUCUAUACCACGCAGUGCCGGAAGAUACGCUGACGUUUGAGGAAGCGCUCGCGACCAAUUCGGGAAGGUCCUCCCGAACGUCUUACGUCUCCUCUCUGACUUCCCAGUCCCACCAGAUCCGCAGAGUCCCUAAUGGCUAUCAUUACACCCUGGGCCUCAGCGGUGGCCCCGGAACCAGCACCCGAGCACGUAGCUAUUACCACGAACGAAGCGAGGAUGACUGGUGCUAGCAGGAAACUGGCGCGGUUCUUGCACGCUGGAAAUUGAUGAGUUUUAUCAUCCCGAGAGCUCCGUGUUUGUGCGUAACGUGCGCAGUCAGGCCCGUGGUGUCCAGGCUGGAGGGGGGAAUGGAGGAAGCCGCAAGAAGCUCCCCAUGGGACACACACCGCAGGCAAAACAGAAACACCUCCAAAAACUGCACCAUGUGCAUGCACAACGCCAGAGAGGGGACGCGCGCCCCUGUCUCUCUCUCUCUCUCUCUCUUACUCUCUGUCUGUCUCUCUCCUUGCAACCUGUGUCUCGUUUUUCACUCGACAAUAAGGAAAGUCCAUUCUUUGAAAGGAUGGGGGUGAGGAAAGAUAACUCCUGUUUUCUUCUUUAUUGCCUCAUCGAGGUAACAUCAUCCCACCUUUUGUAAGCAAAGGGCCACCAGGAGAAGCCCCAAACUUUGUUCCGGGCAUUUUUCCGAGACUGGUGCCUGCCCGGUUUGUGAUGAUCGGGCAGGAAAGGAAAGAUACCCCGGGUAGAAACUCCAAGCUGUCUUUGAUCUUGCUCCCCCCCCCCUUUUGCAAGGUGUAUGUGUGUGUAUGUGUGUGUGUGGAAUCGCCCCCAGCUGCAUGCCGGAUUUGGCCUUGGGGUGGGGGGGAAUGGCAGUCCUUUCCGGCGGAGCCGGUGGCAAAUCCUUCCAGCCCACGAAACAGCACGAGGCCGGCCGGCCGGCUGGGGACUCUUUGGGUGGAUGGGUUUUUGCCCACCACCAUUAUUCCUUCUGUCUUCGGGUCCCCCUUCUGGAAGGCCUGCAUUUGGGCCAAGGGACAGCUCUCCAGCUGCUGCGCCUCCUGCAGGUCUCUCUCUCGUUCCCCGCCCUCCACUCCCUGCUUGGGGACAAGGAAGGUGGCCUCACCGCCAUUU